GCUGCCGCCAUGGCGGAGCCGGCUGGGCCCUUCCACCUGCUGCAGGCCGGGCCGGGCCGGUACCUCUGCUACUGCCGGCCCGGCCCCGGCCCCGGCGGCACCGUCUAUGUGACCGACGCGCUGGAGGUCUGGGCCGGGGAGCUCGGCGGCGGCCCGCCGCUGGACUGCCGGUGCCCGCCGGAGGAGCACGGCGCGAAGCUGAGGGAGGCGCUGGGCCGCGGGGCCGCCGCGCUGAGCCUGGGCGAGGGGAAGGCCACGCUGCAGCUGCGGGAGGAGGCCCGGUGCUCGGCCCGGUGCUCGGCCCUGGAGCUCUUCAAGCUGCCCAUCGCCGAGGCGAGGAGCCAGGUCCAGGCGCUGGUGUUCGGCAUGGCGGGGCGUGUUGAGAGCCUGGAGAGACGCCUGGAAGCAGCAGUGGAGAUGCUGACGUCUUCCUACAGCCCUGAGAAGAACGUGGCCCGGAGCCAGCAGCUCUUCCUGCCAGGUAAGCAAUUGCCAGGGGGCAACCUCCCCUGGUGCCGCUGCUUGUUUGCCUUCUCUUCCCUAGGAGGCUGCCGGUCCUGUGUCCAUGUGCUCUCCAGGACACUCGGAGUCUCCUUGGCUGUGGCUGCUGUCAGUCACCCCGCUACUCCGGCGCCCUUCCUGGCACAGAAGGGACCAGGGCUUUUGGGGUGUCUGGGGUGCUCUGUGCUCAGGUGGGACGCUGGGCAUUGCCAGGCAGGUUGCUCGCCAGCCUCUAGGAGGCGAUCAGGCUUCGCUGCCCUUCCAGACCGGGGGCCUUGGCAGGUCCGUGGUUCCCUGCUCCUUUGGGAGAGGAGACGGGGCUUGGCCCUUCCUCACCCGCCACAGAUGCUGGGCCAGCCUGGCUGGGCUGCUGGAGGCUGACCCUGGGCCUGGAGGGGUUUGCAGGGCUGCCAAAGCAACUGGCUGACCUUUUGCAAUCCCCGUCCUGCCUGACCCUGACCGAGGCAGACCCCAGCCCCAGGAAGAACAGGGGGGCUGGCUCGGCUUUGCCGGCCAAGAGGAAGAUCCCGGGAGAGUCUCUCAUUAACCCUGGCUUCAAAAGGCAAGUGCUGCCCCCAGGCUCAGUGCUGGGGCUGUGC